GCCUCGCAUGUGUAAAGCAGUCUGUCUGAGUCGUCUCUCCUGUGGUGUCCUGUCCUCUUUAAUGUGACAUGCUGCUGCUGUUGCUUACCUUCGUACUGCUGAGAGACGAGUUCCUUCUUGGACUCAGCUGUCCCGCUGGGUGUAUAUGCCAUGAGAAUGGCCUCACACAUUGCAAAGGAGAGGAGAUCGCUGAAGUGCCACCAGCUUUGCCUUCCGGCACCACCUCAUUACAGAUUUGGCAAACCCAGCUCAGGGAAUUAAAGGCUGAAAGUUUUCAUCAGUUGCCUUACUUGCUGCGACUACAGGUGAGCAAGAAUCCACUGACGACUGUACGUCUGGGCACAUUUAAUAACCCACCGAGCCUGUUAUCUGUGAAAUUGUCAUUCAACCAGAUCUCUACUCUUCCACGGGGACUUUUUAGCAACCAAACUGGGCUCACACAACUGUUUGUAGACAACAACAGGCUUGCUGCGAUAGAGCCAGGCUUGUUUGACCCCCUGGGAAAUCUGACUGAACUUGAUUUGAGCAACAACAAGCUCAAAUGGCUUUCUGAAGAACUAUUCCAUAGCCUCGGAAACCUGCGUACCCUAAACCUGGGAAAAAACCUCCUCCAAACCCUCCCUGAGCGUAUUUUCAGUUCUCUUACCCUCCUCCAAAAACUUUUUCUAUAUCGCAAUGAAAUUAGGAGCCUUCCACUUGGAAUUUUUAAGAACCUUCAUAACCUCAAUGAACUGAAACUUUUCAGGAACAACAUUCAACAAAUCCCACCCAGACUGUUCUGGCCAUUAUCAAACAUAGAAAGCCUUACUCUCUCCUCAAAUCAGCUCACCCAGCUGCCUCCUGAAAGUUUCUUCCACUUGCCCAACCUCACCCAGCUGACUCUCUUCGAAAACCCACUGACAGACUUACCCGACAACCUGUUUGGAGAAAUGCCGAGACUAAAUGAAUUCCUUUUAUUUCAUACAAACCUUAUUACCAUCCCAGGCAAUUUAUUUGUUAACAUGACAGGUCUAGAGUUACUGUUUUUGACACGUAAUGACAAAUUAUCAACUUUGCCAAAGGAUGCCUUUUCUGGCCUGACGAGCCUGGUCAAGCUUGCUAUUCAUUCUAACAGUUUAUUGCGCUUGGAGCAAGACCUGUUUUCUGACCUAAUAAACCUCAAGAGCCUUGCACUUUAUUCCAACAAACUCCACUACCUUCCAGAAGAUAUCUUCAAAAACCUUCCAAAACUCAGUAGCGUUGAACUGCACAAUAAUUUACUGGAAAACCUUCCUAGUGAACUUCUCCAUUCAGCAGGUAUGCUACAAAACAUCAGCUUGGAUGGAAAUCAUUGGAACUGUAACUGCGACAUUGUGAACUUUACAGACUGGAUAAGGAACAAUAAACAUAGAAUUUCGAACUAUGAAAAUGUAUUGUGCUAUACUCCGGCUCAUUUAAAAACUCACCAUCUUAGUUCAAUAACGAAUGAAAUGCUCCCGUGUGGAACAACCUCCGUUCAACCCACUUUUACUGCCUUUAUGACAAAAACUAACAGUAUUUCCAGCACUCAUGAACGUCCAGGGAUAAAAGCAACCCUCUCUUCAACUACUGACAAGCAUUUUCUCACCACACUGAGCAGCAGCUGGACCACUCAGCCAUUGGUGUCAACUGGCACACUCUCUGUUUCUUCUUCCUUUACCCAAACCUAUGACCAUGCUAUUCCCGAGAACCACACAUCGCAGAGGGAGUUGGAUAGCUUGUUUCAGAUGAUACAUGACAUCGAGGCUCUGCAGAGAGGACCCACAAUUGUGCAUCACAACAGGGUAAAUGGUAAAGUUUAUCUUUGGACUGUUCCACUACAGGACCCUGACAUGACAAUCCAUUUACUCAUACGUGCUUUGUUAGUAGCUGCAGCACUACUUCUCAUUGGUGUCCAUGUGUUUGCACUUUACAAACUGAAUCAGAUCAUAUCUAGUCUACAUGACCUAGUUAAUACACCAGGUGUUUUGACUAUCAGAACAGAAGGUAUAAGGUAAACAAUAUCAGCCUUAUAGUGUUUUUUCUUUAUUUUUCUCCCUGACAAUGUGUUCAUAUAGUGUUUUUUGAGUGUCGUUUUACGUUGUUUUUUUUGCUGGUGUUACUUUUUUUUUAAAUUCCUUGAUUUACUGAUUAAUUAGCUUAAACAUUCCUCUCAAACCUCUGGCAGGUACUUUUUCACAAAUCUAACAGGAAUUGUAUAAAAUUCAAGAUUUAUGCCAAGUUGAACUGGCUUCUAGCGUACAGUAGAGGAAAGUGUUGGACAUGUCAGGGAUUGUUUUUCAAAAAUAUCCUUUCAACAAUAUUGAAGCAUCAGCCAAAAUUCAGUUGUCCUCCAAAACAGGAAGUCAAGUCAAACACUGUGUACUUUUUUAUCAAUUUUACAUUUAUCACUUCUGAUGCCAGGAAAAGUUAAUUCAAUUUUAUAGAUUUUGUCCAGCAUUUUAUCAGACAAUAACUGGACUAUUGCCCUGCAAUGCAUUCCAGUGAAAGACGAAGUUCCUUAUAGUUUUUUAAAGACAUCACUCAAUAUUAUAUAUUAUAAUAUAACCAACACCCAUAGAAAAUACAACUACCAUGGUAUUACAAGUUUUAAAAACUGCUUUUGCAUACAAUUGCUAAUAAAGUGUAAGUAUUUUUCUCAGACUGUUUAUGAAAUCUCUGUAACAAAAUAAAUUAAUUGACGGUAUCACAAAAUGUUACAAAUUCCAAAUUAAGUACAAAAUCGUCAACUUUUGUGAAAGUACUGUAGGUUGCUAUGGUGACACAAACUGCUGGUCUUGCCACAAGCAAGAGCGAGAGCUUGCGAGACUUAUGACUUAAACCGGCCCUUAAUGCUCACUAGUCACUGUAAUAACUAAGGUACUGUGACAUGCGAACGAGUCAGUACAGGUUGGGCAAGCAGAUCUUUCACCAUAGAAAUGUUCCAAAGUGGUCUGCAUGAAGAGUUUACAAGUCAGUAGUAUCUGUCUGCAAAACAAGCCUGCUGUUUAAAAGAUGACAGGGCCGCUUCACCUUAUCUGAAGUUUGUUGCCUCAUUUUGAUGAGUUGCAGAACAUGGCACUGCGCAUACCUGAAAGUUCAAUCUAUUUUGUGAUGUAAACUGGAGAUUUUAUAUGUUACUGUGUACAUUUGACUUUCAUUGUGGCUUGAAAUGCACUCAUCCAUGCCGAUUCUUUCUACCUACGUUGCACUUCCCCUGUAAAUGUAUCCACAACAUACAUUAAGGAACUGUUGUCAUAUUCCGAAUGCUGAGAAAUACCUUCAAAAGGGAAUUUUUAGGAAAUUGUAUUAAUUUAGCAAACUACUUUGAGCGAUGCAAAAUAAAGCAAGAUUUUCUUUAAA